AUGGAGAGUAUUCCAGAAGGCCUGCUGUCUGUCUCGGACAAAGUGCCCGCUCAGCUGGGUGGUAUUGACGCCGUGGAUGUCGGGGAUAUCGUGCAGCUGUGGAAAGCAUACAGCAUUAACCCUUCGGUCCACGAAGGCAAUGCAGGAUACCGGCUCCAGAACUUCUUCUGGAGAAUCUGGAGUAGCGAGCGCCUUAGCACCUCCCUCACCGGCUCGAAGCUGGCCCGUCUAUUCCUCCAAAUCUCAGAACCUACUGCCACUAAUACUACUUGUUCAAUAAGACCGGUGACCAAGGAAUCCGAGCCAGACUCGCCCAGUUCGAAAAGUGAUUGGAAACACCAACACCCAGCCGGCCAUCCCAGCAGCGCGGUGACGACUACAAAACCUCCACUCCCCCCUAUCCUCAAGAAAUCAAAUAGCUCAUCCCAUGGCGAAACACAGAAAACAACACGUCUGCUGUUAACGGGAUUGGGCGGAAAGAGUGUUACGCGGAAACCCUCCAACCCACCAACCCCCGUCCCUCCUUCGCGGCCUGUUGCCUUCGACGAGCAGCUGCAAUGUGCUACUACUUCUAAUAGUGGUGCUCGCCCAAGUCAGAAGAAAACUUUUACAGUAGCCAGCAAGGCGAAGACUUCCAAGCGCCGCCCUGUACUUAUGAGGCGCAAAUCGUCGCAACAGUCUUCUAUCCCAACCACACGCGCUCAAUCUCCCCAAUUUCAAUCGUCUCCUUCCGAUGAAAAUGCCUUAGAUAUGUCAAUAGUGCAGGAAGUUGAAAUAGAGGGAGAGACGGUGAAAGAUCCCCCUGAUGGUAUUGUUCACCCACACGACCUCCUUGCACAUAAGCCACCCACUCUGACCCAUAACACAGAACCGCCUAGGGCCAAUAUUUACACAACACACCUAUUUUCAAGCCCAACAAUGCCGGCGCCGGCGCCAGACCCAUCCGCAGGCCCAGCUCCAGAACCAGCUUCAGACACAGAAGUAGAAGAAAACCCCCAACUUCCACCGGCGUUACUUGCCGACCUUAAAGCCCUCCUCCACAAGAACACCCCUCUCCCACCUCUUCGCCCUCGCUCUUCACCCCCCCUCGUCGGCUUCUUCUCAGCGACAGCAUGCCGUUACUACGACGUCCGAAAUGUCUCUGAAGAAAACUAUGAGCAGCCAAAACCUGUUCCAGCUCUGGUUGACCGGGACUUCCGGGCCCGCUUCGCGGAGCAGAAAAGACUAGCGGAUGAAUAUUACGCCCAGUACUACCGCCAGCAGGAACUGGAGCAGGAGCAGCAGGUGCGUCCUCCGGAUGAUAAUGUGAUUACAGAUUCCAACCUCGCACCGGACCCAUUUGUUUCAAAUUCCACCGAGGCAGCCGUGGAACCAAGAGCCCCAACAAGAACAGGAACAGCAGAAACUGUCUCUCCCUCGAAGUCGCGGUUCGGCGAUUCGCACCCCCAAUUCCACAGCGCAUCAACAAUAGCAACAUCAAUUCUUGCGAGUGGAAGCGGGGGCCCGCAUCCGCAUCUGGGUAACCAGGCUGUAUUCUCGUCUGGGUCAGAUACAGAGCCGCUUUCCCCUCCACCUCAAACUGGGGCUGCAACGGCAGUGCCGGUGCCGAUUCAGGCGCCAGGCGGAAAUCCGUUUCUACAGUCGUCGGCUCUUUCUGCGCCUCGUGGUCCGAGUGGGCUGAGUCUUCUGCUUGAACAGGAACGGAUCAUGGGUCAGGAAGCAGGAAUGGCAAUGGGUGGUGAUUAUUUGAAUCCUGAGGAUCUCGAAAGCGAAGAACCAUAG